CUAUUUUUUUUACAAUGUCACCAGCAAAAGCUUCAAUCUUAUCCGCUUGAAGUGCAUUUGUAUUGAUAUAAUCCUUGGAAGUCGCAUUCUCUAACGCAAAGAGCCCUGAAUAAGAGAAGCACUCUAUCAGCAAUUGAAAUAGUCCCCCAAGCCAAGAGGAAUCUAUUUAUUGUACAUUACGGUCUUUUAAUUUGGCGAAUGCAUUAACAUACUAUGUUUCAAAUAACAUAGUUAAUCAAUCGGCGAGAAAUUCAUUGCUCAAGUUGUUGCGUAAAUCAGUUUUCACAUGUUUCAUUGUUGAAAAGGUUCACUCUUAAUCAGCUUGUUUUAAGUUCUAAUAUUUAUCCUUUUCUUUUGCAAAGAACUUAUAUGAAAAUUUGGAAUCAUUAAUCUUUGGUUAUAAUUUAUAAUUAUAUCAAUCCAAAAAUUUGAAAAAGGUAGUUCUAAGUGUAGAUAAUAUAUAAUAUUAUUAAUUUGUAAUAAUUUUUUGAAGAUAUGUAGUUUUUAUUAUUAUCUAAUAAUUUUUAUCUUUAAUAAAUUUGUGAGAAAAAAUUUGGGGCCACAUUUAAAUUUUCGAACAGGGCCUCCGAAUAUAAUGGGACGACCCUGUUUCUCCUAUUUUGACUUUUCUUCAACUAGUUAGAGUCGAUCUUUCAACUUGUUAUGCUCAAUUAUCCAUUCUAUUAUCAAUAUUUUUCAUUCUUAAAGUGUUUUUCCCUACGUUUUAUUGUAAAAAGUAAAAUUUACUUGUAUUUUUUUUUUGAACAACAUAUAAGAGUGGGUCAACCCGCCCCGCCCCGUACCUGUGCGGGUUUUACCCGCCCCAACUCAUAGUAGCAUGAGGCGGAGCAUGGGAAUUGAGGUACCCGCCCCGCCCACCCAUUGCCAUCACUACUGCCCAUUGCCAUUGCCAUUCCUAUUUCCUAGUGAGAGGUGAAUGGACAUGGACCAAGUCCGAGUCCAUUUCUUUGGCUUGACAAUUUUGAGGCCACGUCGCGCCCAUGCAGCGGCCAUCUCGUCUUUUGAUUCAUCGUUCAUGUGCAGAAAUCACCAUGUCGGCCGGCUGGAUUCUUAAUUUCAACCAACUGGUGGUGGCCCCAAUGACUCUUCUCUACUAAAAUUUGAUAUUUCCAUAGUUUUGUUCAUCGUAAACCACUAGAAAAUUUCGUUUAGAUUAAGAAAAGAACUACCUCAAAACGGAGAAAUUUUACAAUGCUAUAUAGUAUUAGUGCUAUAGGAUUUUGCUUUUAUGGUACAAAUUAAAAUUGUACGUUUAUGUUAUGGUACAACUUCAGAUUGUACCUAUACUUUUUGUACAAUUUUUUUUAUGGUACAACUUGAACUUGUACCUUUAUGUGAUGGUACAACUUCAAGUUGUAAAGUUGUACCAUAACAUAAUGGUACAAAUUGCUUUAUGGUACAACCUAAACUUAUACAUUUAAUGUUAUGGUACAACUUUAAGUUGUACAUUAAAGCACCAAUACUAUAUAGCAUAGUAGAAGUGCUCCCUCAAAACGUAGUUGACUUGUUUCAGCCAUAUUGUAGAUGACUACUUAAAAAAAAAAGAUAUGAUAGAUAAUAAGUAGUUAUAAGUUACCGUAUUGUAGAUGACUACGUUAUUGCUUCCUUUUCACUUUAGGACACAUAAGCGGUGUUGAGUUAUGACGUAUUGCAAAUGGGCUUUAGCCCAUGGACCUGGAGUUGAGGUCCGAGUGCCCUAAAGGGCUAGUCUUCCUCGGCUAGGGUUAGAGUAGCAUAGCCGAGUUGUAUAUAUGUGUAUUGCAGAUGUGACGUUGGAACUCAGUGAGAAAUAAGAAAGAUACAGCUCCUUCCCGUGGACUAGUCUUGUUCGAUCAAGAUCGAACAAGGAAACCACGUAAACACCGUCUCGUUUCGAUUCUCGUUUAGUUCCUCAAUCUCGUAGUAUGGUUCCUAACAGGGUAUCAGAGCCUAUGGAAUCGGAUCAUAUCAACACCCGUCUGAAUUCGAAGAACUUCGCGCUGUGGGAAUUCCAGUUCCGUACGUUCAUCAAAGGUCAAGGAUUCUUUGGUUUUCUUGACGGUUCCGCAACGAAACCUGCUGUUCCUCCUGCUACCGAUCAGGAGCUCGCCAAGUGGAUGCAGUCUGAUGCCAAAGUUCGUUCGUGGAUCUUGAAGUCCGUCGAUCCGUCGAUUGUGCUCGGCCUUCGUCUUCUCCCAACGUCGGCCGAUGAGUGGCAGUCGCUAAAGGCUACGUAUUCUUCUACAAGCGUGGCCCGCCAAUUUGAAAUAGAAAUCGAACUUGCCAAUCUUCAGCAGGGAGACCAGGACGUGACUACCUACUACAAUGCGGCCAAGCUCCCGUGGACAAAACAAGACCUUCUCGCUGCUGCUCUCCUGUCCGGCAUGGCCUCGGCUGAAUUUCAGGCCUAGAGAAACAAGACCCGGCUGCUGCAGUUUUUGGCGCGUCUUAGGCCUGACCUUGAGGCAGUGCGCUCCACUCUCCUUAACCGCAAAGGACUUCAGCUGGAGCAGGUUAUUGGGGCUUUGCUACGUGAGGAAACAAGGCUUCGCACGCAGGCCGUGAUCGACGCGCGGCCCAGUCAUGGUGAGCCGACGAUUUUUGCUGUCGCCCAGGGAGGAUCAGCUCCACCUCCGACCAGUGCUGUUGUGGUCUAGUCGGCUAGGUCGUCUGCCGCGCCGGUGGGACCCGAGGAUGCUGCUGCCUUUGCUACGUACCGUUUCCAAGCUCCCCGAUGUGAUAUCGAGUGCCAUCACUGCCACGCAAAUGGUCACACUAAAAGGUAUUGCCGUCG